UAGUUGCUGUGUGUGUGACAGUGCAAGGAGGCAGGCCACCCACUUGGCAUCCCUCUUUGAUUCCUCCUGUUCAUUUGAGGCUCAGGUGGGGCACAGUGAGAAAGAGAGAGAGAGAGAGAGAGAGAGAGAGAGAGGCCAUCUUGUGUGUGUUGGAUUAUUGGAAAGUAAUUCUGGAGGAAGACACAGAUUCUUGAGGGAAAAGAGGUGCCCCACAGAAAAGAAAGAAAGAAGCUACUUGACUUGACUUGGUAUAGGUUCUUUUCCUGCCCCUCUGAUUUGAUUUGCAUAUGCUGCUGCCACCAUUGCAGUGCUGCUAACAUGGAAGAAAUAAUGCAGCAGCCUUGAGGUCAGGUAGUAGUAGUUCUUGGUGGUGUGGAACUGUGAAAGAUCUGAGCUUGUAAAAUCUUUCAUGGUGGUGAGAAGUGAAAGUGUGAAACUGUGAUAAGAUUUGAGAUUGUGAAAUUUUGGGGGUGGUUCUCUUGUCAUGAUGUAUAGUAGGGUCCAGCACUGGACUGGUUGAUGUUGUUGGCUUCAAAGGUUAGGGAUAGAGAAAGCCUGAAGAGGAGAGGUGUAGUAGGAUAUAAGAUCUGAGAAAGCCAGAGAUGAGAGUGAGGAGAAGGCAGUGGUGUGGCCAAGCUUGAAUGCUCCAGUGAGGCUGCUUCUCUGGCUGCCAAGCUGAUGGACGCGCCGCCAUCGCCAGAUCGGCUCGCCGGAUCAGUGGAGCUCCAUGCUUCUCCAGGCUGCUGCUGAUUGAGAGAGAGAGAGAGAGAGAGAGAGAGAGAGAGAGAGAAACAGUUUUUUUUUUUCAGGAGGAAUUCAUCAGGAAUCUGCUGUGCUCCUUUUCUCUGGGAGAGAAGCAAAGAGCAGGUUGGAGCAGCAGCAGCUGGGAUCUGUAACUGGCAUGGGUUCUUUUGGGAUGGACUGGAAUCAGAAGAGCUCGGUGUUGUGGGAUUGGGAGAAUAUGCCGCCGAUAGGAAAUAGCGCGAACGAGAAUCCCAAGAAUGUGAUGCUGGCUGAAUCAAAACUUGCAGGUGUUGGGGUUGACAUAGGCCAUGAAUCAGGCCAUUCUUCUGGUGGUACUUUCUCUUCUAGCUCAGAGAUUGGGUAUGGUUCAUCCAAGAGUUCCAUAUCCGCGUCGAUCGAUUCUCCGUCCAAAGUGGGGAACACCAUAGAGCUCAAUUUUGCAUCUGCGGAAGAGCAUGAUAAGAACAUGGACAAGGGUAAGAGUAAAGUUGAUGACACCGGAACUUCUCGAUCACCGGUGGUAGCAGCCAAUCGUGUAGAGCCCUUGAUUGGCCUGAAGCUUGGCAAGAGAACCUAUUUUGAAGAUGUCUGUGGAGGGCAGAAUGUCAAGAGUUCUCCAUCUGGUGUGAGUGUGGCUACCCCAUCUCCUGGUCUGGCCAAGAAGGUGAAGGUGGCUCAGCAGAACACUCAGAACCCACACUGUCAAGUUGAAGGCUGCAAUGUUGAUCUCUCUUCUGCUAAACCUUACCAUCGAAAGCACCGAGUCUGUGAACCUCACAGCAAGACUCUUAAAGUCAUCGUUGCGGGUCUUGAGCGACGCUUUUGCCAACAGUGUAGUCGGUUUCACGGUUUAGCUGAGUUCGACCAGAAAAAACGAAGCUGUCGCAGGCGCCUCCAUGAUCACAAUGCCCGCAGACGGAAGCCACAACCAGAAGCAAUUUCCUUAAGUUCGUCGAGGCUCUCUACAUUACUCUAUGGUGCAGAUGCAAGGCAACAGGCAAGUUUUCUAUUUGGUCAAGCUCCUUAUGGUCAGAUGGGAAGCUGUGCAAGUUCUUGGGAUAACCCAGUACCAGGAGGCUUCAAAUUUACAGCAACAAAAGCUCCUUGGUCAAGGCCAACAAUAGCUGCCGGUGUUGAUGGGACGCAUGUAUCUAAUCAGCAGGCAUCGGGCAAUGUACUGCCACAUGGAGCACAUCAUAGUUUUGAUGGUCUCAUGGCGUUCAAAGAAACCAACGCGAAGGUCCUUAACCAAGGCAUGGAAGCUUCUGCUGUCGCUUCCGGCUCCGCUAGAGGCCCAGACUUUGAGCAUGCUCUCUCUCUUCUGUCAAUCGAUUCAGUGGGUGCUGCAAACCUUCAGCCAGGUUCUCAGAUUCACCCUGGUGUCACCGCCAUUGCCGGCACCUCCAACCCUGUCAUGAUGCCAUCUCCAGCAAUCUGGCAAGGAGGCUUGUCCCUUGAUCAGCAGGCGCAGUUUCAGGCUUUCGACCGCCUUGGCAACGACGACGACGAAGAUCAUCUCCAGCUCCCAAAGCCUUCCUAUGACAACUCCCACUAUGAUCAGAUGAACUGACGAUGUUUCAGAUGUCGCGCAAUCGACAUGGCUUCUGCUCUUAUCUGAAAUUUCUGAAAUCUGGAACUGCAUUCUUGGUGUUCUGAAGAAUAAAGGUGUGCGAGAAACUUGAACUUGAAUUGAUCUGGUUGUGUUGUACUCUGGUUGUAGCGCUGCCAUGAAACAUAAACUUAACUUUUGCUUUCCUUUAGUCGCUGUCACUAAUCGUGUGCUUGAAUAAUUUCAUUCUGGUGAUACUUUGUAUCAGAAUUGCUUCAGCAAGUGAUCAUGGUUUCAGAUUCUUGA